CUGCUGGCCACCUCCUCCUCCCUUACCUGUCUGAACUGGGCGGGUUCUUCUCCCAAGGGAACCUCAUUCCUGAUUCAUUCCGCUUUGCAAGAAAUUUGUAGGAAUACCUGAUCGUCAGAAAUAUCAAAGUCAAGGGCCAUGAUCACCCCCGCAGAGUAUGGAGAAACAUCAUGGGAGCUGUCUGUACAAGUGGAUGAAAAACAAGACGAGGACAUUGAGUCCAUGAGAUUUAAACUCAGGGUGAAGGGAGACUUGCACAUUGGAGGCCUCAUGCUUAAGUUGGUGGAGAAAAUCAAGGCUCCUCACGACUGGUCCGACCACGCGCUGUGGUGGGAGCAGAGGAAAUGCUGGCUGCUCCGGACCCACUGGACUCUGGACAAGUAUGGGAUUCAGGCCGAUGCUGAGCUGCGAUAUACGCCACAACACAAGCCGCUCCUGCUGCAGCUUCCCAACAUGAAAACCAUCAAAACGACCGUCUGCUUCUCCAGCAUGGUCUUCAAGGCGGUGGCAGAAAUCUGCAGAGCGCUUAAUAUAAGAAGACCUGAGGAAUUGUCCCUGCUGAAGCCUCCGGAUGAUCCCUCCAAGAAGAAGAAGAAGAAAGAUAAGAACUCGCCUCACGAUGAUGUCUGGGACAUCUGGGAUUCCCUUAACGGAGGACCAGGAGGAACAGGCCCCAUGUACAGUAAGACGAUGACAGCCACCUACGACCCAGAGAACGGGUUGCCGAUGUCGUCCACCAGCGUGUGGUUUGGAGAAAACCCCCUGGCUGAAUCUCAGCCCAACCUGCCGCCCGCUGAGCUGGCCAAGAUGUACGAGCCGCUGUCCUUCACGGACAAAGCCAUCAACAACGCGGGCUGGCUGGAGUCCUCUCGUUCACUCAUGGAGCAGGAUGUCCAAGACAAUGACAAGCUGCUGCUUCGCUUCAAGUACAACGUCUUCUUUGAUCUCAACCCCAAGUAUGAUGCCGUGAGGAUAACGCAGCUGUACGAGCAGGCUCGGUGGUCCAUCCUGCUGGAGGAGAUCGACUGCACUGAGGAGGAAAUGCUGAUGUUUGCUUCGUUACAGUAUCACAUUUGCAAACUGACCAUGUCAAGUGAGCCUCUGGACAGGUCCAAUGAGCCAGAAAUUGAUGAAGUAGAAGCGGCCCUGUCCAACCUGGAGGUGACGCUGGAAGGCGGACUCACAGACAGGAUCCUGGAAGACAUUACAGACAUUCCCAAGCUGGCGGAUUCCCUCCGGCUGUUUAGGCCCAAGAGACUGACCUUGAAGCCGUACAAGGAGUACUGGUUUGUGUUCAAGGACACCACGAUCUCUUACUACAAGAACAAGGAGGCCUCCAGCGGAGAACCAAUCGAGCAGUUUCACCUCCGAGGCUGUGAAGUGGUCCCUGAUGUCAACGUCACCGACAAGAAGUUCGGCAUCAAGCUCCUGCUCCCAGUCGCCGACGGGAUGAACGAGGUGUACAUCCGAUGUGACAAUGAAACUCAAUACGCCAAGUGGAAAGCUGCCUGCAUCCUGGCCUCCAAAGGCAAGACGAUGGCCUACAGCUCCUACAAGUCAGAGGUGAAGAGCAUCCAGUCCUUUCUGCAAAUGAAGAGCCUGGCGCCCCCUCCUGGUCAAGCAGCUCCGGACCUAGACGCUAUGGAGAUGAACGCAGAGUGUUUUGUCUCCCCGCGUUAUGCCAAGAAACACAAGACCAAGCAGCUGACAGCGCGAAUCCUGGAGGCCCAUCAGAACAUAGCAGGGCUGUCUCUGAUGGACGCCAAGAUGCGCUUUAUCCAAGCCUGGCAGUCACUUCCAGAGUUUGGGAUCAACUACUACAUUGUCAGAUUCAAAGGGAGUAAGAAGGAUGAAAUACUGGGGAUUUCAUACAACCGUCUGAUUCGUCUGGACAUGGCCUCGGGCAUGCCCGUCACCACCUGGAGGUUUGCCAACAUGAAGCAGUGGAACGUCAACUGGGAAAUAAGACAGGUGACGAUAGAGUUCGACCAGAAUGUGAUCAUAGCCUUCUGCUGCUUGAGCUGCGACUGCAAGGUGGUCCACGAGUUCAUCGGCGGCUACAUCUUCCUGUCGACGCGAUCGAAAGACCAGAAUGAGACUCUAGACGAGGAACUGUUCCUUAAACUUACAGGAGGCCAAGAAUGAUCAGCGUGUCAUACAUUUUUUGUUUUAAAACUUUUUUUUUAAUAUUUUACAUAGUGAAAGUAACAGAUCCAAACCUGAAGAAUGUUAAAAGAUAGAAAAUGUCACACUUUCAGUGACACGACAAUAUCAGAUUGUUUUGUCAUUAAACAUCCAGAGAGAUGGUGACGUUGAUGUAAAUAUGUAGUUAGUGUUCGUUUCUCAAAACUUGGAUAAAUUGACAUUUGUGAGAAGUCAGCUUUUGUAUGUUGAAUAGAAGAAGAAAAAAAACAAUGGGGGAAAAAAAUCAUUAAAAGUGUUUUAUAUUGAAGAACUUGUUUCAUUUUUUCCUCUAAAUUGAGUUUGUGCACCCACGGUUAAACUCAUCUUAAUCUCCAGACUGUCACUAACUUAAUUUACAACAAUCAAAAUAUACAUACUACACAAUGUGCUUGAAUUAGACAAAAGAAACGGUUUGUUUGUGUUUUACUAACUCUGCCAUUGCUGUUGACGUUAUGCGUUACUAUAUUUGAUGCAUACUGCCUUGUACUUAUACUUAUACUCAUUCUUAUUCUCCCAAUCGCCGUUAAAUGAUCUGAAAAGGGAAGCAACUCUUAGGAUGUUUCAGUUUCAUGAGACUAAUUCAAAUAUGUGACUUGCAGGAGUUUACACGUGAGAUGGGAAGUUAAGUCCUGAUAAGAUAACUUCCAGUGGAAAUAUCCAAUUAUGCUGACAAACAUAACAUGACAUAUUCAUUGUGUUAAACCAAUUUCCCAUCAGUGUUUCCUCUCUUCUAAAUGUACUUCCCUUCAUAUUUUCUAAUUCAAGGUUUAUUUUAAGGUGAAUCGUGAUCGUUGGAAUAUUUCCAUGUUAAACCCAGUUUUUAGUGUUAUCUUAGUCUCAAACAAUGCAUUUUAAAUAGUUUUAAUUUGGUUUAUGAAAAGACGAAGACUUGUUAUGUCAACUUUUGUUUGUAGGCAGCUCGGUGUCUUGGUGGUUACGUCUGUUGCCUCGCAGCUUGAAUGUUCUGGGCUUAAAUCCCUGCUGGGGUCGAUUUCGGGGGCAUUUGCAUGUUCUCCCCAUUCUUAAAGGGGGUUGGGUACCCUGGAUUCCUCCCACAGUCCAACAAAAUGUAUGAUAGUGAUGGGAGUGAGUAUGACUGGCCUGGUCGUGGUUGCCUUUGGUCUGAAGACCACUGCGAUGACAUCCAUCAAACCCCUGGGACCCUGAGCACAGACAAGCCAGUAAAAACAAUGGAUUGAAUUGAUGUCUUGUGUUUAUAUGCUAUUUUGUUCACCAAAUGUUUUAUUUUUUAUUAAAUUGAUUUAAAUCCCUUUUAAAAUAUGAAGCUCACAGUUUUUUUG